CUUCAGAAACAGAUGAAGAAAUCAGACGGAAGCGUCAGAAGAAGACGUGGAGAAGAUGAUGACGGUGGAAGAGUGGUACCACUGCCAGAGAAGAAACAUAAAAAGGUUCCGAAGUCACAGAAACCUGGAUUAAUUCUCCGGAUUCUGGGAAGCACACCGGUGAAAAUCGUGCUCGGACUUCUGGGAUCUUUGAUUAUCGCAGGCCUUCUGACGAAUCGGAUCAUCAAUGCACCCAUCAAAGCAGUCGAGUUUGAUCUCGGCGACAAGAUUCCGUUGGAAGGAGUUCUUGCUGUCAAUAAGCGACUAACCGAUGCAGAACUUCUCCUUGUAGAUCAAGUAUACGGCCCGGAGUCACUUGUUCUUGACGAGAAAAAUAGUAAACUGUAUGCUGGAUUCAAGACUGGAAUAAUUGCGGAAAUCGAUAUGAAAGAAGGAAGAGAAAAGAUUGUUCAUGCUGUUCAACUUGCUCAGGGAAAUCAUGAUUGUGAUGGUUCCUACAAAAAAAUGAAUUUGUGUGGGCGUCCGCUCGGAUUGAGAUUGAGCGACGUCGGCGAGCUGGUCAUUGCUGAUGCGUAUUUGGGAUUGUUCGCUAUAAAUUGGCAAGAGGAGAAAGUUGUGAAAAUCCUCGGAGCUGGAGAAUUGCCUGCAAACAACGAAAAUGCUGCUCCAAUCAAAUAUUUGAAUGAUUUGGAUAUUCUUCCCGAUGGAAGAGUUAUUUUCACCGAAUCAUCAACGAAAUUCGACGAUCGUGAUUUCAUUCUGGAUCUCUUCGAACAUCGUCCAAAUGGUCGUCUCUUGAUUUAUGAUCCAAGAAAGAAAGAUUUGAGAGUACUGAAAGAUGGGCUAUAUUUCCCGAAUGGAGUUCAAUUAAGCAUUGAAAAAGGAAUGGGAAAGAAUGCUCCAUGGCGGGUGCUCUACAGUGAAAUGGGAUUAGCUCGAGUUAUGCAGAUUUGGGUUCCAAGAGAUCAUUAUUCAACAGCACCUGUUAAAACUUCACCGCUUAUUGAAAAUCUUCCUGGAUAUCCGGAUAACAUUCGUCUUACAAAAUCCGGGCACCUUCUCAUUCCAAUCGCAUCACAUCGUUCCGAAGAAGACCGAUUCCUUGAACAAAAUCCAUCAGUUCGAGAAUUUAUCACUAAAAUUCUAUCUCCACAAGCUCUUGGAUAUGUUGCUAAUUAUGUCGCUGAUGUAGAAGGUCUUGUUAUCAAAGUCAACACGGAAACUGGUCAAAUCAUCGAGUCGUAUCAUGAUCAAACAGGACGAGUUGAAGCCGUCUCAAUUGCGAUUGACGAUGGAAAAGGAAGAAUGCUUCUGGGAAGUGAUGUUAACUAUUAUAUUGCUCGAGCUAAACUUUGAAUAUUUAAUUUUUAUUUCUUACGAUCUCUAUUGAUAUGUUGAAAAUUAUAUGAAAAAAAUUCAAAAUAC